UGCCCCAGAAAAUGUAGUGACUUUUUUGACGGCAUUUCGGAUAUACCUAGCACUUAGUUUUUCGGAAGUACCUAGUUUAAUUUAGUUAUUCAACAAUUUAAUAAUUUAAGUUCUGUGUAAGGUAUUACUUUUGUCGUCUAUAAUCAUAUCGUAUUCUUAUAAAUUUCUUUUUGUUUCAGGUGUGCCAACUUCGGCAGAUUUAGAAAACAACUCGAACCAAAAGAAAUAUACCGUUAACCAAAACGACAAAAAAGGCCUUGUGAUACCGAGAUCCCUCUGCGCCCUAAUGGCGAUCGGUGCCUUACUAUUAGCUAUACUAGUAGGUCUAAUAGUAUUUUUCUUAGUUCCUAGGGAUUGCCAUGCAACGAAAUCCCCUCAAGCAUUAACACAUCAACCGCAAAGUGCUAGCGUACUGAAUAUUAAUAGUAGGGGUAGUAAUAAUAAUAAUAAUGUUGAUACUAAGGCUGAAACGACGAUUGAACCGAAAGUGACGAAAGUGGAAGUUGAACAAAGGCUGCCAAGGAGUAUAGAACCUACACAUUAUCGAUUACGAAUUUUGCCGCACUUCCAAAACUCUACGACUGAGGGUUCAGUGACUAUGACUCUGAACGUUUUAGAGGAAACGAACGAAAUUAUUUUCAACGUUAGAAGCAUUUCAAUUGAUGAGCAUUCCGUUAGCGUAAGAUCAACCAAACCUGAUUCUAGUCUGUUAGAAAUAAAAGAGCAGCUUUACUACGAGAAGGAGAAAUAUAAAAUAGUACUGAAAGAGCAUUUAAGGAAAAAUGAAGAGUACCAGUUAGAUGUAAAUUUUGAUGGGAAAUUGAGUGGGCAUUUGAAAGGAUUUUAUAGGAUAAAAUAUUACGACCAAAUCCACAGGCAAAGGUUAAUUGCUUCUACACAGUUUUCUCCAGUCGAUGCAAGAAGUGCUUUUCCAUGCUUCGAUGAACCGUCGUUCAAGGCCAAUUUCCAAAUAACCAUAGGGCGACCAACUGAUAUGAUGUCACUAUCAAACAUGCCGUUAGCCACGACAACUUUAUUUUCAACGAACAACUCAGAACAAUGGAGUUGGGACGAAUAUCCAGAAACUCCCAAGAUGUCGACUUAUCUAGUCGCUUUUAUGGUAAUGGACUUUGUUAAAGGUGCUGGAGAUGAUCAACUAAUGCAAUUUUGGGCACGACCACAAAUCGCUGGAAACGCUGCUUAUGCUGCUGAGAUAGGACCGAAAAUCUUAAGAUUCUAUGAAAAUUAUUUCGGCAUUAAAUUCCCGUUAUCUAAAAUUGAUAUUGUAGCUGUGCCUGAGUUUGGUUUUAGCGCUAUGGAAAAUUGGGGACUGAUAACAUUCAGAGAGGAUGUUCUCUUAUACGAUCCAUUAUCAUCAACUAAUGAGGACAAGAGAACUACAGCAACAGUUUUGGCCCACGAACUGGCCCAUCAAUGGUUUGGUAAUCUCGUAACUCCAGUAUUUUGGAACGAUCUCUGGUUGAAAGAAGGCUUUUCCAAUUUCUUGGUAUACUCAGGGGUAAACUACGCUGAACCAAGAUGGAUGUUUGCUGAAGAAUUCAUGCUAUCUGAAAAUCUCAUCGCAAUGAAUGAAGACGCUUUGCAAACUUCUAGACCGAUUUCUUUCGAUAAUAUUCAAAACACAAUUCAAAUUCGACAGUUAUUCGAUCCUAUCACAUAUCGCAAAGGAGCUGCAAUAGUUAACAUGAUAAGCAACUUCCUCGGAGAAGAAACUUUCAAAACCGGACUUACUAAUUUUUUGACUAAAUAUUCUUACAAAAAUGCUGAUAGAAAUGAUUUAUUUGCAUCUCUUACCGAAGAAGCACAUAAAAGACAGAAAAGAUUCCUGUACCGCAUGAAGGACGAAAAAUCAAACUACUGGGUUCCAUUAUCGUUUACUACUAGUGUACAGCCAAAUUACACCGACACUUUCCCCAAAUUUUGGCUGAAGGGGGAAUAUGAAACUGUACAAAACGUCAAUUUAUCGGAUAUUAAAUGGUACCUCCUAAAUUUAAACCAAACAGGUUACUUUGUUGUUAACUACGACGAAAGAAACUGGAUGAGUCUCGUCGAAGCCAUAAUGGAAGUACCGACUAGCAUCAGGGCGCAGCUGAUAUCAGACUCCAUGGAUUUAGCAAGGGCAAAUAUCAUUAGCUACGACAUACCGCUAAGGAUGAUUGCUAGGAUGGCGAUUCGUGACAAUGACAUCAUGUUUGUACCAACAGCGAUAGCCUUCGAGAAACUGAAGUAUUUGAGCGAUAUCCUUUCUUCCACGCCAGCUUUCGGAUUUUUCGAGCAUCAUAAAGCUGUUUACUGUUACUGGGUUGAGUUUACAGUAUUCUUACAUCUAGAACAACUUUACGGGGUUGAACCAAAUCUACAGCAAAUCGUCUAUUGCACAGCCCUAAGGGAAGGAGGACAGAUAGAAUGGGAUUUUGCCUACAAGAAAUAUAUAGAAAUCACAUCUCCAACAGAGAAAAACACCCUUCUAGAUGCUCUGGGAUGUACGAGACACACAUGGCUGCUCUCUAGUCAUGGCGACGGUUUCAACGUCAUUGCAAAGAUGGUCAAAGCUCUAGGACCACAAAUGAACACUGAAUUCCAACUGUCAGAGUUAAUAAGAUUCCGGGAUAGCAUCCACAGCAAUAGCAGCUCGGCAUCAGAAGCAAUCGAUUCCACGAUAGAAACAGUGCGAGGCAACGUGGAAUGGAUGCAAAAGAACUACCAUCAAGUAGAGCAAUGGCUUCGGAAAAAUAAGAACAAUUUUGAUACUUUAUAAAGCCAUAUUCUAAUGAAAUUAAUUUAAAAAUUUUAUAUUAUAAAGCGUUAGCUAGAAAGCGAGACCGAUUUCCAUUUGGUGAUAAAUAAAUAUCAGCUAAGAAAGUUAUUUUUGUUACAGAAUUUAUCAAAUAUGUGGUGAUUAGAGAUAGUGAUUGUUGCCUCAAUAGAAGGUUUGAAUGUUAGCUGAAAUGCACAUAUUAUUGGUAAAAGACUUUUUUUAAUUAUCGACAGUAUUGCACUCCAUCGAGGCAAAUUAGAUGUAAGGUGGCUAAAAAGAGAAGAGAAAUUGUAUAUAAGUGGAUUUUUGUAAGAGAUAUAUUUCAGGACUGCACAUAAAGAGAUGUAUGCCAAUAUUAGCCAUUUAUCCCACGAUGUAUUCAAAGUGAAACAUUUAUUUCUGAGUAUAGCCUCUCUUUAAUUCAAAACAUCUCCAAGAACCUAAUUGUGCCAUUUUGGGAGGUUUUCAUUAACUGCUACUUACCAAUAACAGCUAUCAGCCACAACUAUUUAAAGAUUUGGGAGAUGAACGUCAUAAGUAAUGUCAAAUCUGGUAGACAGAAAGGAAUCUACCAAUUCAUGCUUCAAAUCAACCAAUCUGUCUUCAGUCUUGAACACCCACUGUAUCUUGGAUUGUACCAUUAUAAAUAGAGGGAAAAGUUUCUUCUAUCUCUCGGAAGAGACCUUCUUUAUUUUGUAUUUCUAGCUACUUUGUCUCUGCGCAUUUAUUGUGUGUUCAUAUUACCUAAUAUACUUACGAAAAUAUUAGUGAUAGCACUUUUUUACCAUCCACUUCUUUCUACAACAACUCUUGAUAUUUUCGACGUGCUUUUGACAUCAACUUAUCCUAAAAUAUUAAGUUAUCUUGCCUAAUGACCUGAAUUAUUUUAAUCUCCCUUGUACAUACAUAAUAUGUUCAAAUUUUCUUGCAAAAAAUCGCAGCCAUAUACAUUUUCUUUAGUCUCUAAUGCCUGCAUCAUUUCGACUGAAGUAUUUAUUGUUUUGGUAGUAUAUUUUUUAUUUGUAUUCUUCAUAUUUUUUUAAAGUAAGUCGCAAAAUCCAUAAAACAAUAUAUACAUCAGUAACUUUAGGAUAUAUAUUUUAUUUAAAAUGCGGUAACUAUUUUAAUAUUAUAGCUAAUGAUUUGACUCUGUUUACACGAUCUAAUUUAUUGUAAAGUUGUAUUUGUAAGAAACUGAGGACGUAUAUUAUAUAAAAAUGUUGAGAAUUGUAGAGAAAUAAAUAUAAACAUUU